UGGCGGUAUGGGUAUUUGGUACUAAUCGUCACUAACCGUAUCGUAUGUAAAGAAGUCGACUUUUUCCUGAAGCAAAAGCAAGAUGGCGGCUACCGUGAAGAAGACAGUUGCAGUUGAAGAUGUCAAUGUCACAUUUGAAGACCAGAAGAAGAUUAAUACAUUUGCCAGAAACACAAAUCGAAUGACAGAAUUUAAAGAUGAAAUAGAAGCAAAAAAGAAAUCUCUACAGAAUCUGCAGGAUGCCAGUGAUGACCUGAUGAUGGCUGAGGAUGACACUCUGCUCGUCCCGUAUCAGAUUGGCGACGUCUUCAUCAGUCACAUUCAGGAAGAGACCCAAGAGAUGUUGGAAGCUGCAAAGGAACUACUGCAGCAGGAGAUUAAAGACCUAGAAGGGAAGGUGUCAAAGAUACAAUAUUUGUUGGGUGAUCUGAAGGUCCAGCUCUAUGCCAAGUUUGGGAACAACAUCAACCUGGAAGCAGAUGAAAGCUGAGUGCUUAGCCCGGUCCUAGAUCUGUUUGUGCUGUUUAGUAUGACAAUUAAUCAAUGAUUAUAGUUGUUGAUAAGAUGCUACAAACAUAUCUGGGAUCAGGCUAAGUGGGCAACUAUCUCUUUACAUAUGGAGUUUAAGCAGCUCGCAUAUUAUCCGAUCCACACAGUGCUGACAGGAUGCUUGCCAAACCAACAUGUUUGUCCUCUUCUCAGCAUCAAAAAAAAAAUCAAUGGUCUUAUUUAUGGUCUUAUUUUGUACAGUUUUAUUUUGUAUGAAUGUCGGUGAAUGUACCACUUGAUUUUUGUUAUUUUUUGUUUGUAUGUACUUUCACUGGGUCUCAGUAAUAUAUGGCCCUAUGGACUGACACAGAAUAUGUCUUUAUACACCAGAUUACCAUAAAGAAAACAACCCAAGGAUUUACCUUUGCAGUGCUUGGAGAUGGAGAAACUGUGGAGUUUAAUGUGUUUGAAGAAAAUAAGUGAGCAGAGGCAGCCAAUGUCACUAGUGCAGGGAGUGUCACAGUUCAGGGGAGCAAGAUGCCGCUGACAGGAACCGCUACAUGUCCUUUUACCAUAAUGAGAAAAAUCAGUCCACGGGCCUAUAUUACUGAAUCCCAGUGCAAGUACUAAACAAUAAAAGCCACUUAAACCAGUCUUUAUAAAGUAAAGAGGGUAACGUAGUCCUUGUGGAUUUAAAAAAAAAAAUGUUUGAUUUGGUUAUGGAACAGAAAUUAAUACUAUUGUAUUCAGAUACAACUGAUUUAAGACCAAAACAUGUACGCUACUGUGUGUGUAUAUCCCAAAGUGUAUCUUAAAGGUGCAAUCUGUAGUUUAAUUUCUGGUCAAAAAUACCUAGCAGGACUGGGGGGAAAAAAAUAGUUUUUUAUUUUGGUGCACUGAUCAUCUUAAAUGGAACCAAAUUUAUUUGUGUGUUUUUGUUUUUUGAUUGUUUAUGUAUUUUGCCAGUGUGGACAACCUAUAAAGAAAGUUCUUACAAUUCUGCUGCACAA